AAGGAAAUGAAACCAAAAUGAAAGUUGUUUCAUCUAAAUGAAAUUUUGAUUUUCUGUCUUUGAUUAUCUUUUAAUUUUAAUCUAGUUACAAUUGAAUUUGAUUUGUUUUUUUGUUUUGUUCAUCUAACCGGAGACUAGCUUGAAACUUUGAAGAUGAACGGUCCAUCAUAUGAAGAUGAUUCUGAGAAAAUCAAGAAUUUUCUUACAACCUAUUCGCACAUUCUUGAUGAUGGGACUACUACCACUAAGUAUACUGGUGAUUUGGAGACAUUAGCCAACAAUGAAAAAACAGCCAUUUGGAUUGAUCUUGAUGAUAUUAACGAGUUUGAUGAAGAAUUGGCAAAUAAUAUUAUCAACAAUGCUAAAAGAUAUGUUGCUCUAUUUUCUGAUACCAUUAACACCUUGUUACCUGAUUUUCGUACCAAAGAUAAUAUUCACAAGGAUAUUUUGGAUGUUUUUAUUGAACAUCGUAUUCUUGCUGAACAAUUGGCCAAAGGAGGUGAUGAACCUAUGGAUGACAUACAGAAUAAAUAUCCACCACAAUUGAUGAGACGUUUUGAGAUUUAUUUUAAAGCUCCAUCAAAACAUAGACCAAUCUCUGUACGUUCUGUUAAAGCUCAAAGUAUUGGUAAACUUGUAACCGUUAAAGGAAUUGUUGUUCGUACAACCGAUGUCAAACCAAUGAUAACCGUUGCCACUUAUACCUGUGAUAAAUGUGGUAAUGAAGCUUAUCAACCCAUCAAUAGUUAUGUCUAUAUCCCAAUGGAUAGAUGUCCCUCAGUUGAAUGUCGUACCAACAAGUCUGGGGGUAAAUUAUUUUUCCAAACUCGUGCAUCUCGUUUCAUCAAAUUCCAAGAAAUCAAAGUACAAGAACAUAGUGACCAAGUACCUGUUGGUAAUGUGCCAAGAAGUUUAACUGUUAUUGCAAGAGGAGAAAAUACUAGACUUGCCUUACCUGGUGAUCAUAUUGCUGUUACCGGGAUAUUUUUACCUUCAUUACGUACUGGAUUCAAAGCUUUAGUUGGUGGGCUGAUUAGUGAAACAUUUCUAGAUGCUCAUAGAAUUGCAAAGAUGAAUAAAACUGAAGACGAUGAGGUUUCAGAUGAUUGUAUGAGUCGUGAAGAAGCUCGGGAAUUUGCUACUGGUGAAGAUUUUUACAAGAAACUGGCCGAAAGUAUUGCUCCUGAAAUCUAUGGACAUCACAAUUUAAAGAAAGCACUUUUAUUACUGCUCGUUGGUGGUGUUAACACAAGUCCAUAUGGAAUGAAAAUUCGUGGUGCCAUCAAUAUCUGUCUAAUGGGAGAUCCCGGAGUUGCUAAAUCUCAAUUACUCGCUUUCAUUGAUAGAUUAGCGCCGAGAAGUCAAUACACUACGGGUCGUGGAUCAUCAGGUGUUGGUCUUACUGCUGCUGUUAUGAAAGAUCAGGUUACCGGUGAAAUGAUUCUCGAAGGAGGUGCUCUUGUUAUCGCUGAUCAAGGUAUUUGCUGUAUUGACGAGUUUGACAAAAUGAUGGAUGCCGAUAGAACCGCGAUCCAUGAAGUUAUGGAACAGCAAACCAUUUCUAUUGCCAAGGCUGGUAUUUUGACCACUCUCAAUGCACGUGUUUCAAUUCUGGCUGCUGCCAAUCCUGUCUUUGGGCGUUAUAACCCGAAGAAAUCAGUCGCUCAAAAUAUUCAACUUCCAGCGGCCUUAUUAUCACGAUUUGAUCUUCUUUGGUUAAUCCAAGAUAAACCUGAUGCAGAAAAUGAUCUUCGCCUUGCUAAAUUCAUCACUUAUGUUCACCAGAAUAGCUCUCAGCCUACUCUUGAUUUUGAACCUUUCGAUAUGAAAACCAUGAGACGAUUCAUCGCUGCCUGUAAAAAGAUCAAUCCAAUUAUUCCCGAAGCUUUAACCGAUCAUAUUGUCAAUGCUUAUAUCGAAAUGAGAAAAGAAGCUCGAAAUGACAAAGACAUGACAUUCACUUCGGCUCGUAGUUUGUUGGCCAUCAUCCGUUUGUCAACUGCAUUGGCUCGAUUACGUUUAUCAGAUACUGUUAGCAAAAGCGACAUUGAAGAAGCCAUUCAUUUGAUUAUCGCUUCCAAAGAAACUCUAGCCGCUGAUAAAGAAGGUAAUCUUGAUAUCUCACGAAACGUUCAUGGACCUGAUAGAAUUUAUCGAUUGAUUCGUGGAAUUUUCGAUGAGAGACAAAUAAAUGAGAUUCCAUAUCAAGAUGCUAUUGAUAAAUGUAAAAGUCGAGGUUUUUCAAUCGAUGAAAUUGAAGAAGUUCUCGAAGAAUAUGAAGUUCUUAACGUUUGGCAAGCUGAUCAAGAUAAAACCAACAUCAUUCUCGUUAAUUAACCUAAAUCUAAACAAUAACCCAAAGCCAUCAAUUCACAUAUUCAACACUUUUAAAUGAUCUUUCAAGAAAUCAAUCAAAAAAUUUCAAAAAACUCAUCUUAUUUUGCCGAAUCAUCACUUACAUUUAAAGAAAACAAAUAAACCAAAUCCUCUUUUUUAAAUUCCAUCAA